AUGUCAGGAGACAUUGAGUGCAAUAUUAAGUCAAAAAUACUGAAACAUAAUUUUUUUGCACUUCAAGUUGAUGAGAGUACAGACAUCACUGGUAAAGCACAGCUCCUUGUAUUUGUUUGUUUUAUUAAUGAUGAAGCUAUUGUAGAAGACUUCCUGUGUUGCAAAGAGUUGCCAGAAACAAGAAACGGACAAGAUGUAUUUGAUGUUUUGAAUUUAUAUUUAGAGUAUUGUGGAUUGAACUGGAAAAUCUGUGUUGGUAUUUGUACAGAUGGUGCCCCUGCAAUGGCAGGAUGUCUUAAAAGCUUUGUCCCAAUCGCACAAAAGCAAAAUCCAAAUAUUAUCCAUACUCAUUGUUUCAUUCAUAGAGAAGCACUAGUUGCUAAAACUCUUGGACCUGAACUAAAAUCUGCAUUGGAUAUGGUAGUGAAAAUAGUUAAUUACAUCAAGAUGAGGCCACUUAAAUGUCGACAGUUUGCGAAAUUUUGUGUAGGUAUGGAAGCAGACCAUUCCACCUUAAUCCAUCACACAGAAAUACGAUGGUUGUCAAGAGGAAAAGUAUUGUCUCGUUUUUACGAAUUAAGAGAAGAGUUAUUGACCUUUUGUUUGCAAGAAAACCUGAAAGACUUUGUAGAAUGUUUGAGUGAUGACCAUUGGUGUCCUAAGUUAGCAUAUCUUGCCGAUAUAUUUCAUGAGCUAAACCUCUUGAACAAUGGCAUGCAGGGCAGGAACGAAAAUAUCUUGUUUUCUACUGACAAAAUAAAUACUUUUCAGAAGAAAUUAACAAUAUGGAAGAAACACAUAGCUUUAGGAAAUAUAACUGUCCAUAAUAUAUUUUCGUCUCUUCAAAUUUACCUUAUGCAUUUUACUAAUCUGAAUUCCAUUUCAAUUUCUUUAGUAAAUCAUUCUUCUCUAUGCGGCAGUGUUUCUCCAUAA